CUUAAAAAUUUCAAUAUAAAAUAAUAUUCACAAUUCCUCAGGCGACAUAAUGGAUUCAUUUUACCUGGGAUAGAAACACAGCCCACCAUUUGGGAGAAUUUGGCCAGUACGAUUAAAUGAGUCCCAUCGACUGGUGGGUCUUAUCAGUGUCCACAGACAAGCAGGCAGGCGGGCAGGCGAACGUGGAGUGCCGUUAUCGAUGUGUGUACCUUUUUGGGAUGUAUCAAACCUUCACCCAGUUACGGCACCUCGUCAUGUUGCGGGCAGUCUCAGUCACCGUAAAGCGAUGGACGGCGGUGACUGUGAUCAGACGACAUGAUGAAAAGGAGUAUUUGCAGGUUACCACUGUUUUGGAAAAUCUAUCUUCCAACGCUGGCUACGCUGAUCGUGUACAAUGAAUAUCUCAUCCACAUUUAUCACAGCUUUCAGUGGGCUGAGCUGCAAUGUGAAACAGAUAGCUGCAUUAAGAUGCUCCUGGUUGCUGAUCCACAGAUCCUGGGCAACACAUUCGACACGAAGCUCUACUGGCCGUUAGCAAAUUUCGACUCGGAUCGUCAUUUAAAACGAACGUACAAAAGCGUGGUGCAACAUGCAGCACCGGAUGUUAUCUGCUUUCUGGGUGAUCUCAUGGACGAAGGAAGCGUUGCUAACGAUGAUCAAUUUGCCGCUUACUUUACCCGCUUUGUCAACAUCUUCUCCCAACCGACUGCAAACACCAUCAUGUUUUACAUUCCAGGUGAUAACGAUAUUGGAGGCGAAGGAUUAGAAACAAUUAAAUCCGACCGAGUGCUCAGGUUUAAGCAAUACUUUAACGAGCAGGACGAAUUAACGAUCGAUCCAAUGUUGCGCAUCCUGAACGUAAAUCGCAUCAGCAUGACACUUCCGAUGAACAGUGCACCGAGCACCGAGGAACCGCAACCCUACACCGUGCUUUUGAGCCACAUGCCAAUACUGAGGUGGUCGGAUCCUUUUACUUAUAAGGUUAUUGACGAUUUUCAGCCAAAUGUGAUUUUCUCCGCCCAUGAACACAAAUCCCGCCACGUUAAGACGCACCGUAAUCAGCUGACCCAGGGUGCCCCUUUCGAACCACUCAACACAGAACGAUCCAACCGGCACGAGGUAGUGGAGUUUGACUUAAACUAUCUCAAAGAUACGCGAGAGCUGUUGGAGUUUAUCGUGCCCACCUGUUCGUACAGAAUGGGCGAAAUGAAGAUAGGGUACGGGUACGCCAUGUUCGAUGGUGAUAAGCUCCGGUACACCGUGCUGUGGACAUCGCAGCGGUUCUAUCAGCUUGCGGUGUACUCCAUGAUGCUUAUACCGCUCAAACUGGUCUGUGGACAGCUCUGGUGUGGCGUGCUAAAACGGUACUGGUGCUGCUGCCGCAAACGAAAUCGCAACUACUUACCGCUUCCGCUGGCAUGAAACGGCGUGCGGAGGAUCGCAAGGUAAAAAAACAAUCCUAGUAUUAUUGCGGGAAAGUUCGACAUGAAUUCAGUAUUUAUUUCAACAUUUAACUGUUCCAUGAAAUGGUGUUGAAUGUGAUUUAAAAUGGAUGUUAUAGUAAGAAAAUAAGGGGAAUGAAAAGAAAACACCUACAACGUU